AAAUCGUUAGAAGGGAGGCUCGUCACCAUCGCCGGCCGCGAUGGACUCCUCCUCCUCCUCCCUCUCGCCACGACCUGUUCGUCCUCGGUAUCUGGUCGCUCCGCCGCCGGGGCGGGGCAGCAGUGUCCAGGGCGGUCGGUCCCCGCCGCGGGGUCAUUCGGUCGGGAUGCCUCGCCGGGACGCGCCGCCGGCGGAGCAGCCCGAAGCUGGGUGGGAUCUCGUCGUGAAGGUAAAAUUUGGUGGCACUCUUAAGCGUUUCAAUGCUUGUGUGAAUGGUCCACACUUUGAUCAUAAUCUGGCUGCCCUUCGCUCAAAAAUUGCAAGUGAUUUUAAGUUCAGUCCUGAUACUGAGUUUGCACUCACCUAUACUGAUGAGGAUGGGGAUAUUGUCAUGUUGGAGGAUGAUAGUGAUUUAUGUGAUGCUGUCAUUAGUCAGAAACUAAAUCCUCUUAGGAUUAAUGUCGAGUUGAAGAGCAGCAGUGCUGGGUUACCUCAGACAAAACAACAGGUAUUGGAUUCCAUAUCUCAACUGUCCACUGCUCUGGAAGAUCAAUUGGGUCAUGCGAAAACAGCUAUUGAUGAAGCUUUAAAAUUUGUACCAGAACAAGUCCCCAUUGUCCUUGCAAAACUAUCUCAUGACCUGCGUUCUAAAGCUGCCUCAUCAGCACCAUCAUUGGCUGAUUUGCUGGACCGGCUUGCUAAACUGAUUGCACCAAAGAGCAACAUGCAGCCUUCCAGUGGCAAAUCUUCCAGUCCCAAAGCUGAUAAUUCAUCUAGCUCCUCUAGUGGUAGGGAACAAACCAUGGGAAACUCUGGGCUUAUGGCCAUUUCAGCUUCAAAACCACUGGAUAUGCAGAACUCUGGAUCAACUAAAUCACUUGGUCUUAAGGGUGUGCUUAUUGACGACAUCAAAACUCAAGCUGAACCAGGAUACCCUUCUUUUGUGGAUUCCUUUUCAGGCUGGACGAAAGUUGAUGACAUCAAAGCUCAAGCUGUACCACAUGUUGCUACCAUUGGUCAUAUUGCACCUACUGCUCAUUCUGCUUGUGCUUCAAAUUUACCUGAGGGGUUAAGAGAUGAUCCAUUUGGUCCUAAUAGUAAGAUUACUGGUGAUUUGAACUUGCCAUACCUUCCUCCUCCACCACUGCUUUCCCGUUGCCCAGUUCAGUCCCCCAGAGCUUGUUGUUGUCCUUCAUGCGCCUUUAAAAGUGGCAUACCUAAACCAGAUAAUCUCUCAUCAGUCUGUCCUUGUGGAUUUUAUUCUGAAGGCACCAGCUCUAUUAGGAAUCCAUGCAGGGAUCUCAUUGAUAAGGAUAAGAGCAUGGCACAGCACACACUGCAUAGAUGGAUACAAUGCGAUGUCUGUGGGGUGACACCUAUUGCUGGUCCUCGCUACAAGUCAAAUAUUAAAGAUGAUUACGAUUUGUGCAACGUGUGUUUUUCUCGAAUGGGCAAUGUGAAUGAAUAUACCCGAAUAGACAAACCAUCUUUAGAAAGCAGAAGAUUUAGAGACAUCAAUCAGAACCAGAUGCUCCUUCCACAUCUUCAACAGCGACAUGAUUGCCGCUUCAUUAAGGAUGUUACUGUCCCUGAUGGAACGGAAAUGGCACCAUCAACCCCAUUUAUGAAGAUUUGGCGCAUGCAUAACAAUGGAUCUUCUAUGUGGCCAUAUGGGACAUGUCUUAUCUGGGUUGGCGGAGAUCAAUUUGCACGCCACAGUUCAGUUAAAUUAGGGAUUUCAGUGGAUGGUUUUCCUAUUGAUCAAGAGAUCGAUGUUGGCGUUGAUUUUGUCACACCUACAAAGCCUGGUAGGUACAUAUCAUACUGGAGAUUGGCAUCGCCCGCUGGCCAGAUGUUUGGUCAGCGAGUCUGGGUUAUUAUUCAGGUGGAGCACCCUGUUCCAAACAGUAGCAACAAGCAGACUGCUGCUGUAAAUUUGAACCUGCCCCCAGAAGGAAGCAACACAGAAUGGAAGACCAUUGUCGAUAUGAAUGUUGAGCCCACAGAUCUCGUGGGUUAUUACUUUGGAAGCGCAGCUAAUCAUUUUGCACGUUCAUUAUUGCAUGAAGCCACUAAACGGGUAGAGUCUGAGCAUGUUUCUAGUGCUGUGCCUUCUGUACCUACAGCAUUUGAACCAGUGCAAGUUCCAGCCACUGACCUUCCAACUUCAUAUGCUGGAGCUGAAAAGGCUUCAAUUCCUACUGGUGUGCCUGCACCUGAAGUCAUUCCUCUUCCAACUUCAUCUGCUGGAGCUGAUAAUGUUUCGAUCCCUACUGGUCUGCCCGCACCUGAUGUCAUCCCUCUCCCAAAACCUGUUAGUGUUCCUUCUUCUGCAACAGAAGCUGCUUCUGCUCCUGUUAGUGUGACUACCGCUGCACCUGUGCCUGGUGAUGUUGCUCCUAUUAGUGAGCCUACUGCACCUGCUAUUGCUAUUAGCAUGCCCUCUGUAUCUACUGGUGCAAAUACUCGCCUGCCUACCGAUACGUCGCCUGGUGCAGUCAUCACUAGCUUGGAGGACAACAUGCUGAGAGAGCUGGAGGAGAUGGGCUUCAAGAAGGCUGACCUGAACAAGGAAAUACUAAGGCGUAACGAGUACAACAUGGAGCAGUCCGUUGAUGAACUGUGCAGCAUCCUCGAAUGGGAUGUCCUCCACGAGGAGCUGCAUGAACUGGGCAUCCGAUGAAGCGGAGAUAAACAAGGCGCUCACCAUGGGCAGCGAGGAAGGAUGUGGCGGUGUAUAUGUUGUCCCGGAAGGCCAGUGAUGACCUCGUGGCUCAGAUAUUGAACACCUUGCCGUGCCCUACUAAGAUAUAUAGAUAAAAGUAGCAUACAUAGCUAAGUAAAACAGACGCGCAUAGCGCGUACUGCCGUGCUACCCCUACUCGCCAGCAAACCUUAGUCUGGUGUAGUGCUAGUGGUGGUGUUUUUGAGACGUACUGUUCUGUGAUCGAAAUGAGUACCGUACCUAUUACUAUAAGUUGUGUUUUAACUUAAUCUGUCGAUAUUGUGUUCCUAA